CCGUCUGCGUGUAGGUUAUGCACUUGCGUGGCAUAACAUGCUGCAGCAGUUGGAGAGAGAGGAGAGAGAGAGUUGAGAAAGAAAGUUGAGAGAGAGAGAGAGAGAGAGAGAGAGAGAGAGAGAGCUACGCGACCGUGUGAGUCAGUGUGGAGACGUUUGUACAGUUAAAAUAGAAAUUGCACAACGCGGAUUAAAGUAACAGCCAUGUUUAUACUUUCCGUAUUCUGCAGGGCUUUGUAAAGCGAAUUCACUCGGCGAAUUCAGGUGUGUGCUGCUCACGGGGGCUCGUCACUGUUGCAGAGUUCCUAAGGCCUUGGGCCCUCAUCGAAGACUGAGAGCCAGAGGGCCUGGCAUGCCAACAUGGACGGGCACAAUAGCCACCUGCAGCACAACUUUGAGGAUCAGAACAAGCUGUACAAGCCCCCAGGACAGGAAGAUCAGAGGAACAUGCCAGCCUAUCAGUACUGCUGCUCGCUGGCAAACUUCCACAUAGAGAAGAAGAUUGGGCGGGGCCAGUUCAGUGAGGUGUACAAAGCCACCUACCUACUGGAGGGCAAACAGGUGGCACUGAAGAAGGUCCAGAUCUUUGAGAUGAUGGACGCUAAGGCACGACAGGACUGUAUCAAAGAAAUAGACCUUCUGAAGCAGCUGAAUCACCCGAACGUGAUAAAGUACAUGGACUCCUUCAUCGAGGACAACGAGCUCAACAUCAUACUGGAACUGGCUGAUGCCGGCGACCUGUCUCAGAUGAUCAAGUAUUUUAAGAAGAAGCGGCGGCUCAUCCCGGAGAGGACCAUAUGGAAGUACUUUGUACAGCUCUGCAGUGCCCUGGAGCACAUGCACUCCCGCAGAGUCAUGCACAGAGACAUUAAGCCAGCCAAUGUGUUCAUCACGGCCACUGGGGAGGUGAAGCUGGGAGACCUGGGGCUGGGCCGCUUCUUCAGCUCCAAAACCACUGCAGCGCACUCACUGGUGGGAACACCCUACUACAUGUCUCCAGAGAGGAUCCACGAAGGUGGCUACAAUUUCAAAUCAGACAUCUGGUCCCUGGGGUGCCUGCUGUAUGAGAUGGCCGCUCUGCAGAGCCCAUUCUACGGGGAUAAGAUGAACCUGCUGUCUCUGUGCCAUAAGAUUGAGCAGUGUGACUACCCUCCUCUGCCCCCUGAACACUACUCUGAGAAGCUGAGGGAGCUGGUGGGCAUGUGCAUCAACCCCGACCCCGACCAGCGGCCCGACAUCGUCUUCGUCCUGCAGUUCGCCCGGCAGAUGCAGCUGUGGACCUCCAGCACCUGAACCCGACUGAGGAGUCCAAUCACGUUCCGCUCUGGAGAACCUAACCGCAACCACGACCGCCCACAGACACGGUCCGCUCCUCUCCCGUGCUCCUGCCUGGACCCCGGUCCUUCGGUUCUGUUUCCGAGAUGGAAUUUGGAAUUUGGAAUGGAUGGAAUUUUCGAUGUUUCACGAACGUUAGAGAAAGGGCAGGUUCUGCCCGUUCGUUUUUAGUUUUAUUUGCUUUCUUUUUGGAAAAUCUUUUAACUUUUUUCAUUUUUUAAUGAGGGCCUACAUAUGGUGGGGAUUAAAAAAAAACAAUAAAAGUUAAAAAAAUAAAAAUAAACCUGAUACAAAGACAUUCUGUGAUUGCUUGAAGGGAAGGGGUGGAGCCUCAUCUUGAUUGACAGGAGGGGGAAAUCCUGUACAUGGCAAUGGUGAUGCAGAGUCCUCUGCAAAAGUUCAGAGGGGGGUCUGUGUCCAAGCAACAGUGGCUGCAUUCCAAACUGCUCCCCACUUCCCUCUACUCUGAUUUAAACAAGACCGGCUGAUCCACAGCCUAGUCAGGCCUCACCUGUGCCAGGUAACACUGGGGACUGGCCACACCCACCCCACACAGUCAGUGCGGUCAGUAUAACUUUCAGAGUGCUUGUUGCAUGCACGUCACACCAGUGCCCCCCAAAAAUAGCACUGCCCCCUCUGGGUUUCUGUUUCUCUGCUUUUCUAGUUAUGUCAUUUAGUUUCCCUCUUCACAUGCUCUCUAAAAAAAUGUAAAAAAUAAAAAUAAAAAACAUGGAAUAUAUUGCGUUUAGAACAUCGCACAAGUUGAGGGUGAGAUUGUACCAUCUUUUCAUUUUAUAGCCAGAAAUCAACAAGUUGUGCUAAAUGGUACAUAUAAACUGUAGUGUUAGUAAUAAUUAUUGUAACACAAACACACAUACGUGUUAAAGGUCAGUUGAAUUUUAGUAAGAACAUGCUUACUUUAUCUACACUAAUUCAGCAUUUCACUCAGUAUUAGCGUGACACAUAGGAGCCUGUUUCUAUUUCCUUAAACCAUUAUUAGACAUUUAUAUUGUUUUACUGUGCUAAAGUAGCCUAUAGGCUAUAUAAGCCUAUAUAAGGUGCAGUGUCAGAGCCCUGACAUUGAAGUGUGUCGAAGCACACUGUCUUGCCAUUUAAGUGCGCACUCCAUUAAGUGAUCACUUGCCGUAGUCACUUGCGGAUAGUCGUUUGGAAUACAAUCUCAAAUUUGACAGAACCACAUUAAGACCCUGUCCUAAGGGGCUACACUAACCCUAUAUUUUCAUGACUCCAUAUCAAGUUUUACCAUUUUUUCCACCCAUUUUAUAUUUUUAACAGUUAAACAUAAUUUCCAUUGCUGCGCAACCAAAGUGCCUGGAACUCCAGAGAGUAUAUAAAAUUGUGUAGCGGCUUACUGCUCAAUUCUGUUUUGUUUAGUUUAUAGUUCCAAAGUUAACGUUUUUGGGCUUUUUUUGCCCUCAUACUGCAGGCUGCCCAGGCAACAGUCGUUCAGUGCUCUGACAUUGGCUCGGUGGUGUGUGCAGUGCAUCGUUUCCAUGGAAACAAAAAUCACACAAACAUUCUGUUGUGCACGGCCUGUUACGACUGGAAACAUGUUUGCACCGUAUACAAAGGGGCGGGAAGUAGCCUCCUAAUGUCGCAGAAUGAUGAGCUCAAUGCGUGACCCUUUACGGUUGGCUACUGUUGCACGAUGACCAGUGCUUCACGGUAAAUGUGAUCUGAUUUGUCCACAUUUAGGAUAUUAGUGGGCGAUGGUCACCAUCAUAGGCCAGCUCUGGCACAUGA